AUGCGAAGAUUUCUGUUCCCUUCGGAACCAUGGGUUUUGCCCUUUGGUCGUAAUAGCAGAGGACUCAGAAUUACGAGCCAUAACGGCUUCGGGCUCUCUCCGCGUUACUAUCGUAUCGUUCAACCAGUACCUCAACAGGAGUUCCGAAGAUGUCGUUUCUUGUGUCAAGGAAGGAGUCAAAGAGGCUCCACUAUAAUUGACGACCUGUCACUCUCAUCGCCGUCAGUCGCAUUGGGUACCGAUUCUACGAUAUACGCGCUUUCUACGGCACCUGGUAGAGCUGCUAUAGCAAUUAUUAGGAUUUCUGGACCAGCUUGUCUGCAGAUAUAUCGGGCACUAUGUCCUCGAGCUCGAGAUCCCAAACAGCGCAUGGCAACGGUACGAGCGUUAUACGACCCGACGCAAGCUCCGUCACCGAAUACACUCCUUGACCCUAGUGCUUUGGUGCUUUACUUUCCCAGUCCUCGAACUGUGACUGGGGAAGAUGUCCUCGAGCUCCAUGUGCACGGCGGGCCUGCGACGGUUAAAGCUGUGCUGAAUGCGAUUGAGAAGUGCAAUGAUGUUAUAAAAUCUGAGCAUGAUAAUAUUUCCCAGUCUUCGUCUUUCAUACGAUAUGCAGAACCAGGGGAAUUUACACGACGGGCUUUCAUGAAUGAUGUUCUGGAUCUACCACAAAUCGAGGCAUUAGGUGAGACACUCAACGCAGAAACCGAGCAGCAAAGACGUCUGGCUGUCCGUGGGGCAAACACCACUCUUUCUGCACGCUACGAAGAUUGGCGCCAACAACUCUUGUAUGCAAGAGGGGAGUUGGAGGCGCUGAUUGACUUCUCGGAGGAUCAGCAUUUUGAUGAGUCGCCUCAGGAACUGAUAGGCUCGGUUUCUGCGCAGGUAGCUAUUCUUCGACAACAAAUUAGAUUUCAUAUUCAGAAUGCGUCCAAGGGAGAGUUACUUCGGAACGGAAUCAAGAUCGCAUUGUUGGGUGCGCCGAAUGCAGGGAAGAGUUCUUUAUUGAAUCGAGUCGUUGGUAAAGAGGCGGCUAUCGUCAGUACAGAGGAAGGGACCACGCGAGACAUUGUAGAUGUGGGCAUUGAUCUUGGAGGAUGGUACUGCAAGAUCGGAGAUAUGGCAGGACUACGGUCGUCGAAGAAUGAGAGAGAAAAAAUCGGAGCUGUUGAAUUGGAGGGUAUUCGUCGAGCAAAGCAGCGUGCGUUGGAAUCUGAUGUCGUCGUGGUGGUACUGAGCGUUCAAGAGGGCGAAGGUGGGUCGCCAUCACAGCUUACAGUUGACCCUGAGGUCGUUGAGGGUGUGCAUGCUUGUCAAGAGCACGGGAAGAGUAUAGUGGUUGCCAUUAAUAAAACCGACAGGUUGCCAGGCUCGGUCAAUACGCGGGAUGAAGCGGUGGCCAGUCUAUCCAAACAGGUCCAAGCUCUAUUCAAGGGGCUUACGGAUGAUCGAGUGUUUUCAAUUUCUUGCCGGGAGGCUGAACGGGGUACCGAACUGGGGUCACUUACUACUGACCCUGGUAACAUACAAUCGUUUUUACAGGGGCUUAUAUCAGUGUUUGAGGAAAUCGCAAGACCAGAAGGUAUACAUGAAAACGACAUGCAUGAUAUUUCAUACUGGGAAGACUCUUUGGGAGUCACACAUCGACAACAAUCUAAUCUAAAACAAUGUCUGGAACAUCUGGAGAGAUUCCUCUAUGAGACAAAAACGACCGAAAAUAAUGAUACAGACAUGGUCAACGCAGAAUCUGAUGUGGACAUCGUCACAGCCGCGGAGAAUUUGCGAUUUGCAGCUGAAAGUCUCGCUCAGAUCACAGGACGAGGCGGAGCAGAUGUUGAGGAUGUUUUGGGUGUGGUUUUUGAGAAAUUCUGCGUUGGCAAGUAA